AGAAAAGGUAAAAACUUGUUUUGCAGGUUUUCUUGAUUUCUUUUCAUUUGGCUUUGAACGGUGAGACGUUGGUUAAACCUGACUGUGUGUGUGUGUGUGUGUUUGCGACUCUUUACCCUUAAAAUAUUGGAUACCCAUCUUGUUUAACCCUACUUCAAAGGGAAAUGUUUGAUGGAUUAAUAAUGUGUCUCACUAGUGGAUAGUUGUUGAUCAAUUUAAAUCAACUACAAUUGGAUUAUAUUAUACAAUCAACUAUAUUAAUUAACCUGGUUCACGAUUGUGGUCAAACAAUAUCUAUUGGACAAUUGGUUAUCCUUCAAUUUUUGUCUACCUCUUAAUGUUGACCAUUUGUUGCCCUCUUGACAACUCUCCUUUGCACCAGCUUUAACGUUUUUUCAGUGUUCAACCAUUUUAUAUCCCACCUUACGAUUCAUUUAUUCAACACAUCAUCAACCUCGUCAACUUACAAUGUCUUGUUCAGCUGUUUCACUAUCAAUCGCCACCAUAAUUAGUGUAAUUGCUGUUGCUUGUCUUGCCAUAGCUUUCAGUACCGAUAAUUGGUAUGAAAUACGGAUUAAUCGAAAUUUAACCAAGGAAAGAUUAACUGAAUUGAAUCAAUUGACUGAUGAAUUUGAAACAGAUUUGAGAUAUUUCAGUCGAGAUGAAGGACUUUUCAGAGUUUGUUUCCUCAACAAGAAACCCAAAGGAUUGGAAACCUAUUUAUCUCCAACUCAAACUCAAUGUGUCAACGUAGAUUAUCAUAUUCCUGAAGAUGAAGAAUCGCAAAAAUUUUCAGAUCAAAGAUGGGAAAGACUUCAUCUUGCUCGAUCCGUAGUAGCAUUGUAUGUUGUUGCCUUUUUCUUGUUGACUCUUUCAUUCUUCACCGGGAUCGCAGGAUGUUGGAAACGAUCUCACGCCAAUCUCAUUGCCACUGGUAUUAUGCAGCUUUUAGCAGCUUUAUUUGACGCUGGUGCCAUGGGUCUCUGGCAUGGAGUCCAAUUUUAUGAUCAACAUAAACUUAAAGAUGAACUUUCAUACAAUGGUUGGCCAACUGUUUUAAAACAACACGGAGUGAGUGAAUUUUAUUAUGGCUGGUCUUAUAUUCUCGCAUGGCUUGGAAUCGGCCAGUGUUUGAUUGCUUCAAUCAUGUUCCUUGGAUCUGCUCGAUGUAUUCGAAGUGAAAAACGCGCUGAACAAGCCAAAAAUAUGCAAUAUUUAAUGCCAGUUUAUCCUGAUAAAAGAAACCCAUACGGAUACGCUUAUGCUUAUCCUGGACCCUACUCAUACCAUGGAUCACAAUACGGAAUCGCUCCUUAUGCAUACUAAACACUUUUCAGCUCAUUUUAAUUAUUACAACUAUUAAUAUUAUUCUUGAUAUGUAUAAUAUUAUCUAUGCUCUAUUAUAUUAAUACCGUUUUGGUAUUUUUCUGUCAAAA